AUGGCGGCGCGGCGGGGGCCGCCCGGCAGCCAAUGGGCGGGCGCGCGGGGGGCGGCGCGGCUACAUGUUGCGGUGUCGCCAACGUGGGUCCGCGGCGAGCGGCGCUCNNNCUGCGGCGGGCUGGCGCUGCCCGCCCUGCCCCGGGACCUGCCCCGCUGGCCGCGGCACGUAAACCUGAGCUACAACAAGUUGACAGAGAUUGAUCCUUCAGUCUUUGCAGAGCUGUCGAACCUGCAGGAAGUGAGGCUGGACCACAACGAGCUGAGUGCCAUUCCCUCGCUGGGAUCUGCUGCUGCCAGCGUCCGCUCCCUGCACCUGCAUCACAACAGGAUCCGCAGCGUUGAGGGCAGUCAGCUGCAGCCCUACGUUGCCCUGGAAACGUUGGACCUGAGUUUCAAUGACAUCACGGAAAUCCGAAACGGCUGCUUUCCACAGGGACUGCACAUAAAGGAGCUCUACCUGGGGAGCAACAGAAUCAGCACCCUGGAGCCUGGUGCCUUUGACAGCCUGUCCCGGUCCCUGCUGACACUCCGCCUGAGCAAAAACAGGAUCACUCAGCUUCCUGUCAAGGCCUUCAGGCUGCCCAGGCUGAUCCAGCUGGAGCUGAACCGGAAUCGCAUCCGCCUGAUUGAGGGCCUGACGUUCCAGGGGCUGGACAGCCUGGAAGUCCUGAAACUGCAGCGCAACAACAUCAGCAAACUGACUGAUGGGGCUUUCUGGGGUCUGGCCAAAAUGCAAGUUCUCCACCUGGAGUACAACAGCCUGACAGAAGUGAACAGUGGCUCUCUCUAUGGCCUUUCCUCUCUGCACCAGCUUCACCUCAGCAACAACUCCAUAUCCCGCAUCAACCCCGAUGGCUGGAGCUUCUGCCAGAAGCUGCAUGAGCUGAUACUCUCCUACAACAACCUGACCAGGCUGGACGAGGGAAGCCUGGCAGACCUUGGGGGACUGCACGUGCUAAGGCUGAGCCACAAUUCCAUCAACCACAUUGCAGAAGGGGCUUUCAGGGGACUCAAAAACCUCCGUGUCCUGGAACUGGACCACAACGACAUCUCAGGCACAAUAGAAGAUACCAAUGGAGCCUUUACAGGCCUGGAAAACCUGAGCAAGCUAACUCUGUUUGGAAACAAGAUCAAGUCGGUGGCCAAGAAAGCGUUCUCAGGGUUGGAGGCUCUGGAGCACCUGAACCUCGGGGCCAACGCCAUCCGCUCCAUCCAAGCCGACGCCUUUGCCAGGAUGAGGAGCCUGCGGCAGCUCCACAUUAACAGUGACAGCUUCCUCUGUGACUGCCAGCUGAAGUGGCUGCCCCAGUGGUUGGUGGAGAAGGAGCUGCAGUCCUUUGUGGUGGCCACCUGUGCCCAUCCUGAGUCACUGAAAAGCAAGAGCAUUUUUGCCAUCCAGCCAGAGAGUUUUGUGUGUGACGAUUUCCCCAAGCCACAGAUCAUCAUCCAGCCCGAGACGACGGUGGCCGUCCUUGGCAAGGACAUCCGCUUCACCUGCCUGGCGGCCAGCAGCAGCAGCUCCCCCAUGGUGUUUGCCUGGAAGAAGGACAACGAGAUGCUGCACAACGCCGAGAUCGAGAACUUCGCGCACGUGCGGGCCAAGGACGGGGAGGUGAUGGAGUGCACCACCAUCCUGCACCUGCGGCACGUCACCUUCGCGCACGAGGGCCGCUACCAGUGCGUCAUCACCAACCACUUCGGCUCCACCUACUCCAACAAGGCCCGCCUCACCGUCAAUGUGCUGCCAUCAUUCAUCAAAACCCCCCACGACAUCACGAGCCGGACGGGGACGACGGCGCGGCUGGAGUGCGCGGCCGAGGGCCACCCGCCGCCGCAGAUCGCCUGGCAGAAGGACGGCGGCACCGACUUCCCCGCGGCCCGCGAGCGCCGCAUGCACGUCAUGCCCGACGACGACGUCUUCUUCAUCACCGACGUCAAGGUCGAGGACAUGGGCGUCUACAGCUGCACGGCCCAGAACUCUGCGGGCUCCGUGCUCGCCAACGCCACGCUCACCGUGCUGGAGACACCGUCUUUGGUCCAUCCGCUGGAAGAUCACGUGGUGUCCGUCGGUGAGACCGUGGCUCUCCAGUGCAAAGCCACGGGGAGCCCCCCGCCCCGCAUCACCUGGCUGAAAGGCGACCAGCCCCUGGUGGUGACAGAGAGGCACCACUUCACCUCGGGCAACCAGCUGCUGAUCGUCAGGAACGUGGUGCUGGAGGACGCGGGGAAGUACACGUGUGAGAUGUCCAACACGCUGGGCACGGAGCGCGCGCACAGCCACGUCAGCGUCCUGCAGUCGCUGGGCUGCCGCAAGGACCGCACCACCGUGGGCAUCAUCACCAUCGCCGUGGUCUGCAGCAUCGUGCUCACCUCCCUCGUCUGGGUCUGCAUCAUCUACCAGACCAGGAAGAAGAGUGAAGAGUACAGCGUCACCAACACAGAUGAGACUAUUGUGCCUCCUGAUGUGCCAAGCUACUUGUCCUCCCAAGGGACUCUCUCGGAGCGCCAGGAAGUGGCCAUUGGAGUGGACACCCAGCAGCCCAACGGGCACAUUGACAGCAAUGGGAUGUGUCAGGCUGAUGCUGGAAGGUGUCCAGAUGUUGAAGCUCCUGCUGUAGGUUGUAGACAGCCCAAGCUGUGUAUCAGCUAUAAUAAAGACACUUGGAAAACUGAGGACAUGGCUGAUGGAAUGCUUGUUCCAGAUAAGACAGGCUACGGGCUGCCCGUGGUGUGCACGGAGUGCAGCGGCAGCACGGACAACGUCACCGUCCGCUCCUACGCCAAGGACUGCCAGAGCCUAAGGACUGUGGAGAGCACCCACCCCAGUGCACUGAGCAGCAGGGAGCACCAGAGGAAGAGGAGUGCAGGCACCAGCCUUCUUCACGCUCAGCCCUGCAACGGGAUUGCCAGUGGCAAGAGGGUGGAAACAGACGGGACCCUGUACCCCAGCAACCACGACAGGAUAAGGCCGGAGGGCGCGGCUGGCGCGCUGCUCGCGGACGCGCACGGCUCUUCACAAGUAGCAGCAAAGCCUUCAGAGCUUAACAACCUUAAUUUGGUGAGAGCUUCGCCUGCAGGAGGGUCAUUAAAGCAACUGAAUGUGCUUCCUGAAAUAUCCCCAGCACUACUGGAUCUGCAGAGGGAAGCAGAGGUGGAGCAGGCUCUCCUGCCCAGCAGCACCCCAGCCCAGCCCCACGACUCCACUCACGAGCCCAAGCUGCCCAACAGGUCUCUGGACUGAGAGCACAGACUGACUGCCACAUGCAAAUUAACAAACACACUAUUACUUUUUUUAAAUUUUUUUUUUUUUUUGCACAGAGUAUAUAGGCUACUUACUUCUACCUCGAAUCUUGAACUGAUGGCCUGGCAAAGGCAACCAACUGAGGUAUGAGAAACAAGCUUGUAUGGGGAACAAACUCCUGUUCGAGCGUCAUCUGAUUGUACAUAGUUUAAAACUUCCCUGAGAAGUAUGAAGUGUUCAAAAGUCAACUUGCAUAUGAAGCACAUAAAUGCAAGGGAUUAUUGUGUAAAGAGAAAAGUAUUUGAUACAAUUGUACAUAAGAGUUUUCAUAUAUAAAUAUAUAAAAAAUAUAUAUAUAUCUUUUACAGAGGCUAUUUUAAUCUUUAGUGCAUGGAAAACUGAGUGAAAUUUUACAAUUUUGGCAAUAUUGUUUUCAGUAUCAGGUUGCUGUUAAACUUUGUGAGAGAAAUAAUUCUGGUGCCUUAAAUGCAUAAACAGAGCUUUUAAAAGCCAGACUGUUCCAAAGGGAUGGUCCUCUUUUCAGUGGAAGUUCCUUUACACCAUGUACUCUGGGGUUGGGGCAAUCCCAGGUACUGGCUGGGUGGAAAAGUGACCAGGAACAGCCCUGUGGAGAGGGAUUUGGGGGUGUGGGUGGAUCAGAGGCUGGAUGUGCCCUGGCCAUGUGUGCUCACAGCCCAGAAAUCCAACCAUGUCCUGGCCUGCAUCCAGAGCAUUGUGAGCAGCAGAUUCUGCUCCUCUGCUCCACUCAGGUGAGGCCCCACCUGGGCUUCUGCACACAGUUCUGGUGCCCUCAAUGUAAGGAGUUCAAACUGAAAAAGGGGAAGUUUAGGUUAGAUACAGAAGAAAUUGAAAUUCCUCCCUGUGAGGGUGGUGAGGCACUGGUACAGGUUGCCAGAGAAGCUGUGGAUGUCCCAUCCCUGGAGGUGUUCAGGCUGGAUGACCUCUGAGCAACCUGGACUAAUGAAAGUUCUUCCUGACCACAGCAGGGGGUUUAGAUGAUAAGGUGGUGUUAGGUCAAAGGUUGGACUUGAUCAUCUCAAAGGUCUCUUCCAACCUAGUUAAUCCUGUGAUUCUGUCCCUUCCAACCCAAGUCUUUCUGUGAUUCAAUUGGAUUACUUAGCACAAAUUUCGUUCCCCUUGGAAAUUUGUUGUACUUAACACAUUUAGUAACAGAGAUCUUCAACUGUGUCAAAUGAAAUUUAUAAAGAAAAAAAGCAGUGAGCAAUUAUGUAGCAACCUGAUAUGUUCCUGUUGGUGGAAGAACUUGAAUUCCAUUAUUUUUCAAAACUUCAUAAAAAUUAGUAUUUAAACUGUGACUGUGUGAGACUUUAGAGUGGACCACACAGGAGGCACUAAAUAACUCUUCAACAGUGCAGAGCCCCAAAACAACCAGAGGAAAAGGUUGUUUUGACUGGGAAGAAGUUGUUACCAAAAUAAAUAACUUGUGCAGUAAACCAGGGGUGGUCUCAUAACAGUGCACCUCUCAAACACAUCAUCAGAGAGGUUUUACCUGCCAUGUGUGCACAGCUCUGAGCACCACAGCCCUCACCACAGGCCCUUCCCCUCCCAAAGGGACCCAGCUCUACCUGUCUGAGGUGUGUGCAGCAAUUCAGCCUUGCCUUCCUUAAUAAAAAUAACCUGUGCCAGUGUAUAAUGCAUUUUCACACCCAAAAACCACAUCUGUUCUGGGGGGGUUUGAAACCAUAGAGCUGUUUUGACAACAAAACUAAACUGUACUCCUAAGGGGACAGCUGUAUCACUAAUUCAUCCAAUACUUUUUUUUUUUCCCUGCAACACAAUAUUACACUUUGUAGUUGAACAGCCAGACUCUCUAUAUGAAAACAUCACCUUCAAGUGAGUUAUGCUGCCUGGUGUAGCAAUUCUGGGCUAGUCAGAAAUACAUUUGUUUUAUAAGGAAAACUGUGGAUUCGUGGUUGAAUAGACCUUUAAAUGGAAAUGUCCCAAAUGUUUUUAUGUGGUCUUUUUAAGUUCAUCCAUUAAUGGAGGGGGGAUAAAGAAAUACCCACCUCAGUCAGACAGAUCUUUGUCACUUCUGACUUCACAAUGAUGCUUUUUAUUUAUAGAAAGGUUGCUUUCUGUUAGUGUUUGCUGGUACCUGUGGAUGGAGGACUCCCAGUUCUUUGUGAUUUGAGUUCUGCUAACAUGAGGUUGCUAACUCUGGUGAUGACUACUUUGGGGCAGGUUUAUCAUGGGUGGGAGGGGGGUGUUGUUACUUUUUUCCUUAGGAGCAACUCCAAACACCAGUUCCACUGAGGCCGAGUCUGGGAAUCCACCUUUGCCAGGACUGUGGUUCAGAACAAGCAGCAGAGAUAAGGGCAGAAACACUUCACGGGCACUUUAGAUCCAUCCCUGAGGGACCUGCCCCAGCGCUGCUGCACUUGUGGGGUUUCAGGAAGUGGCUGCAAGCUGCCCCUUGGUCUUGUCACAAGCUGGUCCUACCCAGCCUUAGCUCCUGUAAGGGAAGGACCUGCUCUGAGGGCCAGGGAGAGCAGCAGCUGCCCCUGGGUGAAGCCAGGCAUAAUUCAGCCAGUACCUGUCUGUCCCAGUCCCUGACUAUUGACACGUUUGCACUUUGAGACAGGUGGCGAAUUAUGUUGAGUGCCAAGUUUAUUCAAAGCAAAGGAAAUGGAUGUUAGAAAUUUAUAAACCGAGCACAGUUUUCCCUUUGCUGAAGGGAAAAGUGGUCCAGAACUAACUCAUGGAACCAGGGACAUGGGGAAGAUGGGAAUGAUUCAAUGGGCUCGUUUUGCUGGCAGAAAUGUCAUCACCAGUGCAGAUACAAAAGCGUAUUUGUCGUGUUAACAUUGAAAAUAAUGGUUCUGAAUAAAGUUAACUGCCUAAUGUUAUGACUUCCACUAAAUAUGUGAAUUUGCUGCUUCUAAGAGGCAAUGUGAAAGAGGAAGUAUUACUUUUGUGUACAAAUUUAUUUAUUUAUUAGAGAAUUUGGUACAAUGUUGUACAUUGAAAAACAUGUAAGAUAUUGAAGUGUCUAACAAACGGCAUUGAAGUGUCUUUAAUAAAGGUUCAUUUAUAAUAUUACGGCUGAUCUGUUGAGAGUGAGCUUUUGGGAGUCUCAGUUGAAAAUUAAAUAAAAUUCUAAUCCAUUGCUA